CCGCCUCCCGGCCGGCGUACUCCUUCUCUGGUGAGUGACCUGCAGCAUCCCGGCCGGUCCUCCCCUCCCUCCCCCGGGCUCCCCGAGCCCGACAGCGGGGCGGACCCCGGAGCGCUCGGGCGGCGGCUGGAUGCUGGGCGACCUUUUGGGAAGAGAAAAGACCUCUGGGAAGAGAUAAGACCUCUGGGAAGAGAUAAGACAGGGUACCCUCCUCCGCCUCAAGAUGCCCGAGCCAGCCCAAGAGUCGGCCUUCCGGCUGGAGACUACAGAAGAUGACCAGGGAGGGGGGUCAGCCGCUGCCGCUGCAGGAGAGAGGGGCUCUAGAGACCAGCUGCCCCCCAUGGAGUCGGAAUACCAGAAGGAGAGCAUAGACUUCGCCCCGCAGAUCAAAGUUAAUCUCAAUUAUCGGAAAGGAAUGGGUCCCAGUCCGACUGAUCCAAACCGUUUUGACCGGGACCGACUCUUCAAAGCAGUGGUGGGGGGGAACCCGGAGAGUCUGGAUGGCCUGCUGGAGUACCUGUUGCUGACCAGCAAGUAUCUCACGGACUCCGAAUUCACAGACGCCUCUACCGGGAAAACGUGCCUGAUGAAAGCCGUGCUGAAUCUCCGGGAGGGGAUGAACGCCUGCAUCCUGCCUCUGCUCCAGAUCGACCUGGCCACCCGGAAUCCCCAGCCCCUCAUCAACGCGGUGUGCACGGGGGACUACUACAAAGGUCAUAGUGCUCUGCACAUCGCCAUUGAGAAGAGAAGUCUCGAGUGUGUGAAGCUGCUGGUGGAGAACGGAGCCGACCUCCACGCGAGGGCCCGUGGGAGGUUUUUUGGGAAAGAACGACAAGGCAUUUGCUUCUAUUUUGGGGAGCUGCCGCUGUCACUGGCCGCCUGCACCAGGCAGUGGGAUAUCGUGUCCUACCUCCUGGAGAAUCCCGACCCUGACCGCCGGGCCCGCCUGGACGCUGUGGACACCUGGGGUAACACGGUCCUCCACGCCUUGGUGAUGAUCGCCGAUGACUCCGUGGAAAACAGCUGCCAGGUGAAUGGCAUGUAUGACUGCAUCCUCCAAGCUGGUGCCCGCCUGUGCCCCUCGGUGAAACUGGAGAACAUCGCUAAUUUCCAGGGGCUGACGCCGUUCAAGCUGGCAGCCAAGGAGGGCAAGAUUGAGGUUUUCAAGCACAUUCUGCAGCGGGAGAUCUCCGGGAAGUACCGGCACCUCUCCCGGAAAUUCACUGAGUGGACCUACGGCCCUGUCCAGGUAUCCCUCUAUGACCUGUCCUCCGUGGACAGCUGCGAGGACAACUCGGUGCUGGAGAUCAUCGCCUUUGGCUGCAAGGCCCCGAAUCGACACAAGAUGGUGACUCUGGAGCCACUGAACAAGCUGCUGCAGGAGAAAUGGGAGUCGUUGGUCACGCGAUUUCGCUUCAAUUUGAUUUCCUACUUCCUGUAUAUGGUGAUCUUCACAAUCGUCACCUACCACCAGCCUGUCCUGGGGAAGAACUUCAUCCCCAUGAAAGCAACCGUGGGCAACUCGAUGCUGCUCAUGGGACACAUCUUCAUUCUCUUUGGGGGAGUCUACCUCUUCUUCGGCCAGCUCCAAUACUUCUGGAGGAGACGCCUGUUCAUCUGGACCUCGUUUAUCGACAGCUACUUUGAGAUUCUCUUCCUGAGCCAGGCACUCACCUCGGUGGUGGCCCAAGUGCUGUGUUUCCUGGAGCUCAGAGUGUACCUGCCCGUGCUGGUUUUCUCCUUGGUGCUGGGUUGGAUAAAUCUUCUCUACUACGCCCGUGGCUUCCAGCAGACUGGUAUCUACAGCGUCAUGAUACAGAAGGUCAUCCUCCGAGAUCUGCUGCGCUUCCUCUUGGUCUACUUCGUCUUCCUGUUCGGCUUUGCCAUAGCGCUGGUGAGCCUGAGCAGGGAAGCCCCCCCGCCCACCUUCUCCAAUCAGUCCCUGGCGGGAGCAGACAACCCCCCCUACGGAGGCUUGGUGGAGGCCUCCCUGGAGCUCUUCAAGUUCACCAUCGGCAUGGGGGAGCUGGAGUUCCACAAGGAGCUGCAGUUCGAGGGCUUCAUCAUGUUCCUGCUUCUGGCCUAUGUGCUGCUCACCUACAUCCUCCUGCUCAACAUGCUCAUCGCCCUCAUGAGCGAGACUGUCAACAGCGUGGCCACGGACAGCUGGAGCAUCUGGAAGCUGCAGAGAGCCAUCUCGGUCCUAGAGAUGGAGAGGGGCUAUUGGUGGUGCAAGAAAAAGAAGGAGCGGUCCGGCAUUCUCCUUACAGUGGGCACCACUCCAGACAAGAAGCCAGAUGAGAGGUGGUGUUUCAGAGUGGAGGAAGUAAACUGGGCCACGUGGGAGAAAGAGCUACAGACACUGAAGGAAGAGCCGGAGAGCACUUUGGAGAUGGGGAAGACCCUCCCCGGCACAACCUGGAAGCGGCUCUUGUCAUCGAGGGCUCAGGCUGAACCGGCCUCUGAGGACCAAGUGCCCCUGAGCACUCUCAGCGCCUGAGGCGGGAUGGCCGCAGCACCUGGAAGCAGCGGGACCCGACACAGAGCUGGGCACACCGGAGGGAAGAGAGACUCUCUUCUCGUGUUCCCGGUGCCCGACUCCAGAAGGAGCUCCUGCACAGGGACCCACGCCGGGGUUUCAUGCUCAAUUCUUGGGUGUUAGAGUAGAGCUGCCUUAGAUGCUUAGGCGGGCCACAACCCUGCUUCUGUGGUGGAAGACACCCCGCAAACCCCUGUCCUUCUCUUUCUGCAUCUGGGAGACGCAGACCUGGAGGAUUUAUCCCAGUGUUAAAUCUACCGCCUGCAAGGCAGUGGUUGGAGCUGGGAGGAUCCGAGGUCUUGCAAGCUGUGUGACCCUGGGCAAGUCAACUAAAUUUUUUCUGAGCCUCAGUUUCUUGAUCUGUAAAAUGGGGAUGAUAAUCCCCCUACCUCACGCAUUUUUGUGAGGGUCAAAUGAGAUAAUAUACAUAAAGUACUCAGCAGACCUCAAAAGCCCCAUAAAAAAGCUAGCUUUUAUUGGGCUUAUGACUAGUAGCAGUUUUAUUAGUAAUACAGUAGUAGCAGCAGCAAUAGUAGAAGUAGUAGUCGCAAUAAUAGUAGUAGUAGUAGUAGUAGUAGUAGCAGCAGUAGUAUCUGCCUAGUACCAUAAAAAAACUGCUGAGUUAGGAGUAAAAAGCCCUGGGUUCUGCUUUUUACUUGCUGUGAGCCUGUGGCUGAUGUUUUCUGGUCUAAAAUGAGGGGUUUGACUUUGACGACUUCGAAUUCUGAUUCUGUGAUCCUGGGGGGGGGGUCUCUGAAGCUCCCCCAAGUCAGUCCCCACUCGGCCCCAAGUGCCUGAAACUGCGAGGGUGGACCCAGGGGAACCAGCUGCAGAGAUGGACGCUCCCCCAUUGUCAUUCUCAGGAAUUGUGACCCUGCCGGGGCCAGGGCACUCGCUCCAGGUCCAGGCUGUGUCUACACCCACAGAGUUGAGAAUGCUGGGAAUUCACUUUCUGAGUAUGUGUAGACAAUGUCUUGGCCAACAAAGAUGGACUCCCCAGUACUUGAAACUGACAGCGCAGGCGAGGCAAGAUGGAUGCAUCUGCCUGGAGAGGCCGGCAUGGGGCAGGGGGUGGUGGGGAUUGUCUAGAAGCCCUUCCAUGGCAAGCUCCCUGAGGGCCAGAUCUCCCCUGACGUCUGGCCCCCGGAGAACCUCCUACUUCACUGGGCCCGAUUUCAUCAGCGUACCUGCCCCCUCCGCGGAGGCAGUCCUACGCUUCUGCCUCGUGGUGGCCAUCGUCCGGGAGCCGGCGUGCCGGUGGUGAACUACUGACCCUUGGUAGGACCCUCCAGAAAAUGACCUUGAAUGUAAACCUGGGAGCGCCGAGGCUGCUCCUGCUCUUAUUUCCCCAGCCCCUAGAACGUGGAAUUGUGGGUGCUUCUUAAAUGUGAGUCAAUUGGCUACUUGCUGUAGCCUUCAAGUUAACUCCACAAUGCAGUGAGGCUCUGUAGGAGGCCAUUAGUGAAACGGCACCUGUAAGAGACACCGAAUGAUCGAUUCCCGAGGCUGGCAUUUACAGCCUCUCCAACAGUCAGAAUCCAUGCUCGCUCCUCCUGUAAGGGCCCCCGCUUUAUUCCAGCCAAACCGGACGACCAGCCGUCUCCUUCAACUGCCGUUCCAGCCGUCACCCCGAUGACCGGCCGGCAGCGCCCGCUGGGCCCAUCUUGGACUGUGCCAGUGCCAGCCUCCGCUGGGGCUCCACUGCUUCCCAAGUCCUGGGCCCAUCAGCUGGAAGGGGGCUCUCCCUCCUCCCCUUUUCCUGGAAUUAUCUGGAUCUUCUGUCUGUCUUCAUCGUGCCACAGUUCCUAAGUUCCUGAUUUCUGUACAUAUCCUCUUCCUUCAAGUAGCCGCUAAGAUCACUGAGGGAACGAUCUUUGUCAUUUCUCAUCUUUGUAUUCUCGGGGCGUCCUAGCACUUGUCUUGUACUUCAUAGGUAUCAAAUAACUUUGUAUUGAUUUGAAUCAAUUAAUAUAUGCUCUCCGUAGCACAUGCAAUAAAUUAUGUAAUUAAACGCGAAUCCAUCUCCACCUCUUCCGGGAUGACUCGGAGCUAUGUGUUUUGGCUAAACCUGGGUCCUCAGCUACGGCCUGCAAACAUCACGUACCUCGUGUGUCCCAGUCAGAACUCCGCCUCUCCCUCCCUAACCCUCUCCUCCUCCUGCCAGUGUCCUUAUUUCCGCAGGGGGCACCAACAUCCUUCCAGACACCCAGGCUUGUAAUGUACUCUAAUAACUGCCUAAGUCUCGUCCAUCCCUGUUCCUCCCGACCUCUCUCUACAGAGAUCCCUUUGUAGGUGCUUAAUAAAUGCCUCUUGACCUGCCUCCUCUUGCCCCUCCCCAAAUCAGUUCUUAAUCAUUCCCACUUCCACUUUGAUCUCCAAUUGGCGUAAUAGAACAGGCACAGAUAUGACCAGGUCACUUUUCUGCUUAGAGCUCUUCAGUGACUUUUUUUUUUUUUUUAAAGAAAAUUUAGGUUAAGUGACUUGGCCAGGGUCACCCGGCUACUAAGUGUCUGAGGUUGGGAUUUGAACUCCCGCUCAUGCUCUAUUCACGCGCCACCUCGCUGUCCCUUUGGUGGCUUCCCACAAAGAUGGUUCUUUGGUCCCCCAGUGCCUCUGAAGGUCCCCGGCACACAGUAGGCAUUUAAUAAAGGCGUGUAGAAAGAAUGAUGAAUGUGAAGAGGACACGUUGACAUUCACUGAUCCGGCCAGUCCGUCCCUUCCCCAUUGUCAUAGUUUGCUAUGAAUCUCUCUAUGAAAGGGAAGGCAGCUCAGAAAACAUCCAGACCGAGGAGUCAGAAUAGCUAGGUUCGAGGGUGUGCUGGUAAAUGGUUAACAAGCAGCUCUAUGAAAAAAUGUAUAAGCAACAAUUUUAAAUUUAAUUAAAUGCUUAACAUUUUCUCUACCGUUUUAAAUCGAUAGAACAAUAAAGCAAAUCUCUGUUUAUGGAGUCUGCCCGUUUCUGAGGGGUUCAGCGCUCACACUGAAAACUUGAACAAUAACUGGUUGGAGCUCCCUGGGCUCACAUCCAGCUGGAGCACCCACUAGCUGUGGGUAGUCAUUUUUAAUUUAUUUUAAUCUUUAAUGUUCUGAUGUGCUCUCUCCCCUUUGAAUACGAGCUCCCUGAAGCCAGUUUAACACACUGGUCGGCAUGUGGUAACUCAAUAGUUCUGCACACAGUAGGCACUUAAUAAAUGCUUGGGGGCCGUUCCGCAGAAAGCGCUUAAUAAAUCCUUCCUUUCUCUUUUCCCCGCCCCUUUUCUUCUCUAUUAAAUGAAGCCCGGCAUCUGCCUGCAGGAGAAAACCAGACCCUGCCGCCACGCCCCUCCCCCCACCCCCGCUCCCGAGGCUGAGGGAGGGGACGGAGCGGAGUUGGGCAGUUUCUUUAGAUCGGACGAUUCCAUUGCAGUGAGCCCCCUACGCCUCCCCCCGCCGCCCUCAGGAUGGUAUGGCCCAGCACGUUAAGAACGCCGGCCGGCGCACGCUCGUUCUUUCUGCCGCGCUCGCCGCCAUGGAACCGUGCUGUCAACCGGGCCGUGGGCCGCGGCCUGACUCGGCGUUGGCUUUCGAGCCGGGGUAGCGAAGCGUGCGUCACCGCCGCUGCGGAAGGGCAGCAGCUGAAGCAGGAGACGAGACUCCCGGAAGAGUAGCUGGAGCCGCUGUCGGAGGCGCCCUGCCGGGAGGAGCUCCCUCAGGAAAGGUGAUCUUCUCAGCAAGGGAAUCUGUAUGAUGUGACUUCGGUUGUUAGAGAGCAGAACAUCAGUUGAGCGGCCGACUAAGGCCAUCAGAGACUUGGAUUUGGAGAGAAAUCUACCCCUCAAUGUCAGUGCCCUUUGGAUAACAUCUUGAAGACUUCUUAGAGUGACAUUGUUUGGCUUCCAGUGGAUUUCAUGAAAUUUAUAUCCAGUAGUUGCUUGGCCAGAAGUAUUUUAGGAUGGAGUUGUUUGAUCAUACGUUGUUUACUGUAAACAUUCUGCUAAAAGGUUUAUUUUAAUGUAGCCAAGCCAAGAGAUCUUUGGGAUCAAUGGUAAUUGAUGUUCUGACCCUUGGCCAUAUCCUUGUGUACUUUGGAAAGGAAAGGCCUAAAAGGAAAUGGUAGAAUUGACACUAGCAUGUGCAGAAGUAGUUUCUUGCCUCACUGCUUCCAGAAUUACAAAAUCCUUUUUUUCCCUGUCAGAAUUUCCCUACCCAUCUUGCAUUAGUGUCUUGGCAACUCUCAUCACUUGCAGUGGUAGCCUCAGGCAAAAAGUCAUUCUGACAUUGAGACAGAAUAAAAGUUGGAGCUGAAAAAGGAAGAGUGACCUAUGGCAUUGCUUAAUUACAAAGAGCUAUAACAACUUCUGGUUUCCAAGAACAUUGCUAAGCUGUUCUGAUCAACUAAAUGAACCAUGCAGAGUUCAGUGUUUGUGCUAAUUAAAUUUCUUAUCUGGGCGUAGAAUAUAGCAACUGAAGGCAUUGAUUUUAUUAAGCUCAUUUUAAUUAAAAUCUCAGAAAGUAUGUUUUUGUUCCAUUUGUGUUAUAUAAAGUCUUAGCCACAAAUAAAAUUGUAAACAGUUUGCAAAAAAGCCAAACUAAAGCAAA